AGCAUCCCUAUGUACGCAUUUUGGGGCGCAUAAUUUUCACCGAAAAAAAAAGAAAUCGGUAGUAAAAACAUUUAUUGUGAGCGUUAAAUAAUUGUAAAUAUUGUGCACGAGUGGUGUGCGACAUAAAUCAAAUUCUAAAUAGUUUUUUGUAAAGUGAAAGAGAAGAAAAACGGAAGUUUUUGCGGCGUAUAGUGAAUUUGUUAGUUGUUGGUUAUCGAGUUUUCCAGUUUUGCACGUCGCCAAUUUUCGUCGGCAUUUUUGCAAAAUACAACAGCGGGCGUCGGCUCUUUAAUCAGAAAACACAAAAACAAUUAAUUUGGAACUGUAUUACAGUUAGUAAACGGCGAGAUGAGUGAUUUUCAGACACAGCAGGCGAGUUUAAGUCAAUCGCAGGCAUUGGCAGCUGCCAUACAGCGUGCCAAGCAGAUUGCCGCGAAAAUUCAACCAAAUCAGCAGCAACAGUCACAAGGAGGUGGUGGUGAUAGCGGUGGUCCAUCCGGUGCGGGAAGCGGCGGCGGAAGCAACAACUUUAAGCGACAUAACGACGACGGCGACAGUGGGCCAGAUUGCAAACGGUCCUUUGGCAGCCCGGACUACGGCCAGAACAACUCGAACAUGAGCAGCGGCAGCGGAGGGGGCGGCGGCGGUGGCGCGAAUAUGACGCAAGCCAUUGCCCAAGCAGCGGCGGUGGCUGCUCGAUUGGCUGCCUGGCCUGCGUCCACGUGCGAAGAGCAAGUUCGAGUGCCUGAGAGCAUUGUGAAUGCAUUUGUGGGACGCAACGGAAGCGAUACGUUGAGUCACCUGGAAGCCGAGUCGGGAGCCAAAUUGGAACUGAUGCAGGAUCAGGAGCGUGUAAUCACGUUACGCGGUACACGGGAGAGCUGCACCAAGGGGCGCGAUAUGCUGCAGCAAAUGGCCAAUCGCAAUGGUGGCAGUGGCAACUGUGAAGUGCUGCUGACUAUCAAUAUGCCGCCACCAGGGCCGGGAGGGUAUCCGCCUUAUCAGGAGAUUAUGAUACCCGGCGCCAAGGUGGGUCUGGUAAUAGGCAAGGGAGGCGACACAAUUAAGCAGCUGCAGGAAAAGACGGGCGCCCGCAUGAUCAUCAUACAGGAUGGACCCAAUCAGGAGGUCAUUAAACCACUGCGUAUUUCGGGUGUGCCUCAGAAAGUAGAACAUGCCAAACAGAUGGUCUUAGAUCUGAUUGCGCAAAAGGAUGCGCUUGCCCAGCAGCAGCAGGGCGGACGCAGCGGCGGGGGUGGCGGCGGCGGUGGUGGAGGCGGUGGCUCCGAUCAGGGUUUCAAUAACUUUAACAAUGGCAAUGGUGGUGAAAGCGUUGAGGUCUUUGUUCCCAAGAUUGCCGUUGGUGUUGUCAUCGGCAAGGGCGGUGAUAUGAUACGUAAAAUUCAAACGGAAUGCGGCUGCAAGCUGCAGUUCAUCCAGGGCAAGAACGAUGAAAUGGGCGAUCGCCGUUGUGUUAUCCAAGGCACGCGACAGCAGGUUGAGGAUGCCAAACGUACAAUUGAUGGACUCAUUGAGAAUGUGAUGCAACGCAACGGAAUGAAUCGUAAUGGCAGCAAUGGCGGAGGCGGCGGUGGCCAAGCAGGUGGAGAUUCGAAUAACUCAAACUAUGGUUAUGGCUAUGGCGUGAAUCAUGCUCAAGGUGGUCGCGAAGAGAUCACGUUUCUGGUGCCCGCCUCUAAAUGUGGCAUUGUUAUUGGCCGCGGUGGUGAGACCAUUAAGCUCAUCAAUCAGCAGUCCGGAGCUCAUACGGAAAUGGAUCGUAAUGCCAGCAAUCCGCCCAACGAGAAGCUAUUCAAAUCGAAGGGCACCACAGAUCAGGUUGAGGCUGCACGUCAAAUGAUAUCCGAAAAGAUCAAUAUGGAACUGACAGUCAUCUCACGCAAACCCAUUAGCGGAGGCGGCGGCGGUGGUGGAGGCUCUAACAAUGCCCACCACAAUCAACAACAAGGCGGCUAUGGCAACCAAAUGCAGGGUGGCGAUCCCAAUGCAGCCGCCGCAGCAGCAGCCUAUCAACAGCAGCAGCAACAGCCCUGGGGUGCCUAUGGUCAGCAAGGCGGCUGGGAUCCAGCCUCUGCCCAACAGCAACAGCAGAUGGCCAUGGCAGGUCAAGGUCAGCCGGGCGCAGCAGCCGGCGCAGGUGGUCAAGACUACUCUGCACAAUGGAUCGAAUACUACAAACAAAUCGGCUGUCAUCGGGAGGCUGAGAUGAUUGAGCAGCAAAUGAAGGCUAAACUGGCGACCGGUGCUUCGGGUCCCAAUCAACAGACACCGCAACAACAGGCACAACCUCAGCAGCAGCAACAAAGCGCAGCCGGAGGCGCUGACUACAGCGCACAGUGGGCGGAAUACUAUCGUAGUGUGGGUAAAAUCGAGGAAGCAGAAGCCAUUGAGAAAACCCUGAAGGCGAAGCAAAAUGGAGCCGGCGCUGGGGGCAAUAGUGCACCGAACGCAAGCCAAGGCGGACCGAAUCCCGGCCAACAGCAGCCAAAUGCAGCGGCUGCAGCAGCCGCUGCUGCAGCGGCCGGUGGCUAUGCCCAAGGUAUGACUCCUAGCCAAUAUGCACAAUAUUCACAGUAUUAUGCUGCAGCCGCUGCUGCGGGUCACCCACAAGGGGCGCCACAACCCCAGGGCGGUGGUGCAGGCGGCGGCGGUGGUCAGGGCGGUGGUCCACCAGCUGGUUAUCCCGGUGGCUAUCCGGGUGGCGGCUAUGGCGGAUAUCCCGGCGGCCCAGGAGGCGGACCCGGUCAGCAGCAGCAACAACAGAAGUCGCACAAGAACGAUAAACAUUGAGCUGUAAGGAUUGAACUGGAUUAGAUGUGGGUGCCUUUGCCUUGAGGCGGUUCAGUAAAUCCAGACAUCUUCAAACCAGUUCAUAAGAGUAACAGAAAAUUGAUAUUGAAUUGAUCAAUCCCCUUAUAAAAAUUGAAUUAAUAAUAAUGCAAUAAUAAUAAUGAUUAUAACCAAUUUUGAUAGAAUAUUAAGAGAGUGUGAACCUUGGUAAGAUCUUCUGUUGUUAUUGUGUAUGUCUCACAAAUCUUACAAUUCAAAACAAACCAUAAACAUUUUAAAGCGUAAACCGUAUAUAUAUGUAUAAAUAUAUACAUAUAUAAUUAUUGAAAUAACCAUAGGUCUGCAAUUAUAAAGAAAUUAUAUAAAUCUAUAUAUUUAUAUUUACAAUAAAUAGAAUAAGUUUUAUGUCUCCUAAUGAAAAAUAUUAAUGUUGCAACAGCUGAAAAUGAUAUGCACCCUCUCUAAUUGAAUACUUGUAUAAGAAAGUGGGCACGCCGCAAGAUUUCAUAAUCUCUUUCGCAGCAGCCUACGACGAUACAUUGAAUAAUAAACACACAUAAUAUAUAAUAUUUAUA